AUGUCUUCAUACUAUUACCCUCAGUACGGGUACCCUCAAUACGUGUAUCCCCAAUAUCCAGUACCAUAUUCGGACCCGUACAUGAUGGCAUACCCCCAGCCCCAGAAUAUCCCUCGGACAGCUCCACAUUCUAUUCCUCUCCCACAAGAGGGCCAAAAUGCCAUAAGGCUUGACAAUGCACGGCAAAAGUUGAAUUUCGGGCUUCGAUGGGAGGACCAUUCGUCCAAAGAAAUGGAUGGAAAGACUGUAUGGUACUCGAGUGUUUACAUUGACGAUGUUCUAAGUGGGACUGGUCAAGCAAGCAAGAAGGGCGUCGCCCGAGACCAGGCUGCGUACCAGGCCUUGUUGCGCCUGACAGGCCCAAACUACGCCAUCGGUGGUUAA